AGAUAGUGAUUGAUACAAAAAUACCUAUUUGGAUCUAUUUUUAUGGGUAUUCUGGGAAUACCUAGGAUGAAUAUUAGUAGUACUAUUCGACGUGUAUACAUGAAGUGGUGGCUUAGAGUUGGGUACAAGACGGUUAUUGACAUUUUUAAGCACAACAUGCCUAGAAUUAUAAGUUGGAUUAUUUAGACAAAUUAUUCGAAAAUAAUUUGGGGGAACCAGGAUACCAGACCUUCUUCAUAUAAUAUCAUAUUUCAAAUCAAGAAUUUCUCCAAGCUCAAAGUUCGGUCUGUUGGUGAGGUUUUAUUUGAGGAAAAUUUGAUUCUUAAGAACUUUAAGGUCACCGGUACUCAUAUUAAGGCCAUUAAGUGGAACAAGCCUAAACGACAUCUAAAGCUAAAUACAGAUGCAUCAUAUUUACUUGGAAAAGCAGGGGGCGGAGCGAUUUUGAGGAAUCAAAAUGGUGAGUUGGUUGCGGCUAUUUCUUUUCCGAUUGAAGCCUCAUCGAGUUUAGAAGGGAGAUCAGGUAGAAGAUGGUCGAUGGAAAGCUCUGCUUCAAGAAAUGCAACUGUACGGAAUAAGGAAAUGGGUUCGAUUUGGUCAUGUGUUGGCGUGAAUGAAACUGGGCUGCUCAUUUUUUGGCUCUCUCAUCUUUGGCCCAAACCCAGUAUUUUAAAGAGCCCAAAGAUCUUCCUAUUCAGGCCCGAUAAGCUUAUUUUAGAGAUUUAUUUGGGUUUCCUUCCUUUAGAUGUUUUUAAUUUAUUUUUGGGUGUUAUGCCACCCAGGAGAGGUUUUGGUUUUGUCCCCCCUCUUCUUUGUAUCGUUUUGCUUUAUGUUUUUAUAAUAACCGGUAAACGUUCACUGACGUUUACCCCACCGAUUUUGGUGGUUUGCCUAUCGGGUUAAAAAAAUAGUGCGAUAGUGAUUUUGAACAUGAACACUAUAGCAAGUGUAUACAAUUAAGAUAACGAUCUAAGGAGUGUUUUUUACCUAAUCGAUUGGUGCUGGCAGAAGAAUAAUUGCAACCUAUAAUAAUUAUCAUACGGG